AUGGCGGCCGGGAUGGGGGCCGGGAGUGGCCGGGAGUGGCCGGAAAUGGCGGCGGGACGGGGCCGGGAGGGAGGGAAGCGGUGGCAGGGACGGGGCCGGGAAGCAGGGGAGACUGGCCGCCCGGGAGCGGGGAGACAGACGGGGGUGCAGGGGAGGCAGGGCGGGCCGGGAGCGGGGAGACAGGCAGCGAGCUGGGGCAGAAAGCGGACGGCGGCUUGGAACGGGGAGGCAGACGGCCGGGAGUGGGGAGACAGGGGUGCCACCGGGAGCGGGGAGACGGAUGGCGGCCGGGAGUGGGAGAAACGGACGGCCUGGGAGUCGGGGAGACCAAUAUCGCAUUACUCCUAUAUAAGGGAUUUGUAUUCUACUCAGUAG